GUUGUGCUGUAACAGUCCACAUUCUGCUCGUGCUGGUCGCGUCGUGACUCUGGAGCCGUGCGUAAUCCUCUGGAGUUGUGCGUAAUCCACGUCGCCGCUGCGUAAAGACGCAGCGGCCGCUACUUCCUGAUUUCACUGCAACAGAUGAGAAACGUCUGUUUCUCAGGAAGAAGACACCGUCUCUGCGCAUCUCUUUGUCCGGACAAACGCCACAGAAGCCUCGGCUUGGACCUGCCCCUGAGCAGCGGGCGGUGCGCGGGUGGUGCCAUGGUGGAGACCGCGGCUGCCUGUCUGUUUGAGGACAUUCAGUAUGAAGACAUCCAAGUGGAGGCGGUCGUGGGCAGAGGGACUUUUGGGGUGGUUUUUAAAGCUGUGUGGAAAGGCAAAGACGUAGCCAUUAAAACAAUCGAGAGUGAAAAUGAGAAGAACGCCUUCCUGGUCGAGCUUCGGCAGCUUUCCAGAGUGAAUCACCCCAACAUCGUAAAACUCUACGGCUCCUGUAACAACCCAGUGUGUCUGGUGAUGGAAUAUGCAGAAUGUGGCUCAUUACACAACCUCUUGCACAGCGCCGACCCUCAGCCUCACUACACCGCGGCCCACGCCAUGAGCUGGUGUCUGCAGUGCGCACAGGGCGUGGCCUAUCUGCACGCCAUGAAACCAAAAGCUCUGAUCCACCGAGACCUCAAACCGCUCAAUCUCCUGCUCGUGUCUCGUGGGACGGUCCUGAAGAUCUGUGAUUUUGGCACAGCCUGUGACAUUCAAACGUACAUGACCAACAACAAAGGCAGCGCCGCGUGGAUGGCGCCGGAGGUUUUUGAAGGCAGUAACUACAGUGAAAAGUGUGACGUGUUCUCCUGGGGAAUUAUCCUGUGGGAGGUUCUGUCCAGAAAGAAACCGUUUGACGAGAUCGGAGGCUCUGCGUUCUGCAUCAUGUGGGCUGUUCACAGAGGGACCCGGCCGCCUCUCAUCAAAGACCUGCCCGAGCCCAUCGAGUCCCUGAUGACGCGCUGCUGGGACAAAGAGCCGAGUCUGAGGCCGUCCAUGGAGGAGGUCCGCGGCACCAUGAGCGGCCUCAUGAAGUAUUUCCCCGGCUCUGAAGAACCUCUUAAACUCUCACAUUAUUCGUCUGGAAACAGAAGUGGCUCUUCAUCAGCCACGAGCACAGGAUCUUACGCCGACUGCACCAUCAGCAGCAACAGAAGCGACGACACCGGAGACUACAGGACGUCCGGAGGCAGAGAGGAGACGCUCAAAAGCUUUGACAACAAAUUCCCACUGCAGUUCUGGCCCGCGAAGGCCACGACCAUUCGCACCAGUUUAUCUCGAGUGUCGAGUGUGGACAGCCAGCGCUCACAAAGCCCCACCCACUGCACCAGCCCUGCAGCCACCUCCAGCCAAUCAGAGCUCAGGAUGUCCAUCAGCCCUCCAGCUACAAAUGGUCUGGACACGGCCAUGGCCAACCUCAGACUCGACAUCCAGCUGCAGCCUUUGACCCCGUGUCCAAACUCCAAAGAGUCGAUGGCGAUCUUUGAGCAGCACCAGAGGAUGGUCCAGGAGUAUCUGAAAAUCCAGGCUGAGAUCGCACACUUUGUCCGGAAAAAGCAGGAGUUGACUCUGGAGCUGGAGCAGGAGCAGAGGGAGCAGCAGACCUCCUCACACCUGAUCCAGGAGCACAGCAAACUGAAGGAGGACCACAGCAGCCUGACGUCCUACCACCAGGGCCUGAAGACCAAGCUCCGGAUGAUCCAGAGCCAACAGGACAGUUAGAGCUCGUCUGUACAUACGACCCGGCGACGACAAAUACAACAAUGUCAGAGCCAGAUCCUUUUUAAGGAACAAACGUGAGCUGCUCCUGCUCACACGUCUCCUCCUGUCACUCAAGUUUAGUUCUAUAUAUUAAUAGUGCUUUUUAAUAACUUCAGCUGAACAAACUGCUUCACAUGAGCAAAAAAAAAUACAGUACAUUCAGAAUUAACACCAAAUGUUUAGAAAAAGUGCAUCAAAAUACCAAGAAAUCCCGUUUCGCUUGUGUUAAAUGUGUUUUUUUGGAGUUAAAGACUGAAAGAACCUCACAGGAGAGAGACGCUCAGCUCCAAAAACAGUUUAUCGUCACAGAUGAGCUCAUGAUUCGAUUUUUAUCUCGGUGUCGCCGCGCCCCGACUCGACGGUGACUCUACAGACUGAGCGAUGAGUGAAACGGCGACGAACUGACAGAUACUGACAAAGAAUAAUGUAGAAAAGAGCUUUUUACAGGAAACAGUUUUAUUUUUGUGUCAAAUAUUAUUGAAAGAAUGACGGAAUGAGUUAGUUUUACUUUGCCAAAUAUCACACACACACACACGCACCCCCACCCCCCCACACACACACACACACAGGUAAUAACGCCAUGAGACAGAUUUUUGUAUUGAUUCUACAAAUGUUGAACCUGAUCAUUUCUAUUAUUCCACUCUAGACCCAAGAACCUGCCGUUUUACAUCACAAAUCUGCAGUUUAAUCAUGUUCUGUCUGUUAAAUGUGACUGGACCUGUAGAAACAAUGUGACUUUAAACACACAGUUCAGUUCAUCUUUAUUCCAUUUUUAAAACAAAAGAGGACAGAGACAAAACAAACAGUAACAUUUAUGUUUUAAAAAGACGACCCUGUCCUCACACCAGUGUCUCCCCCUGUGGGACUGAUGGAAAACUGCACUGACCCUUAUGUUUGUGACUUUAUUAUUUUAUUUUCUGACGUAUUCCGCUGCAAAUAAAACUGUACUUUAAAGUUCUUAGUGCAGUGAAGUGUUCAGUUGUGUAGUGACAAACGUCUCGGUCGCUUUAGUCCAUCGCAGAGUCCUCAAAACCUCCUGUAAAGUGUCGUUAUAAUAUAUAUAUAUAUAUUAUAUCGUUUAGUCGUUAUAAUCCACCUGCAGCUUUUGAAGACUGGCUUUUUAUAAUGAGUCCAGAAGGGGGCAGUGUAGAGUGUGGACCAUGUGAUUUAAACGACUUUAUGUCAUUAGAACAAGAAUGAAACUCAAACAUAAGAGCAACAACAUCAUCUAAAAACAUGAUCCUCAUCUGACACGGCCACAAUAUUUAAUUUAGUUGUGACCCUGAACACAGCGUGAGACAGAAAAGAGGACGUCUCGUGUGUUUGUCUCGUGUGUUUGUCCCGUUUGGUCCCACAGAGCAGGACACACUGAGUCAGAUGCUCCUCCAUGAGCUGAACAUGUGGAGCUGCUGCUGUCGACCAGCGGAGCUCAGACUAAACAACCACAGCGUCACACACGGGCAGGAACGAGACGAUGUGACUUUAGUUACACAAAAUCAAACUGGAAAAGUCAAAGAUGUUUGUCAAUGAACUUCAGUGUGAUUCAGAUUUAAAGACGUAAAAGUACAACAGGCUUCAACGGACUUUUUAUUUUUGAGUUAAUUUGUUUUAAAUACAGAAACCAUCAUGAGAUCUGUAACACACACGACACACUGGUCACACAGAGGACACACACGACACACUGGUCAGACAGAGGACACACACGACACACUGGUCACACAGAGGACACACACGACACACUGGUCACACAGAGGACACACACGCGACACAUUGACAAGUGUGUCCUCUGUGUGUGUCCUCUGUCCAGAGACGCACACACGACACACUGGUCAGAGAGGACUCAGACGACACACUGGUCAGAGGCACACAACACAGUGUUCAGAGACAUACGACACACUGGACAAAGACUUACAUGACACACUGGUCAGACAGAGGACACACACGACACACUGGUCACACAAGACACACGACACAGAGGACACACACGACACAAUGGUCAGAGAGGACACACAGAGGACACAGACGACACACUGGUCAGAGGCACACAUGACACACUGGUCAGACAGAGGACACACACGCAACACAUUGACAAGUGUGUCCUCUGUCCAGAGACACACACAGACGACACUGGUCAGAGAGGACACAGAGGACACACUGGUCAGACGAGUACCUUCUAAACCUUCUCCUGGUCCAGUUCAGAAUCACAUGGACUAAUUCUACACAUGACAUUGUAAACGUCGAGUCCCGUCGUUUAAAUGUCGUUACUUUUAACGAUGUGUCUUGUUUUACAUAAUCUCUGUUGCUGUGAGACUCGAGGCGGCGCAGGGUCAGAGAAACACUUCAUUAUCAUCAUUUCCACAGUCCAGAUGAGUCACUGCUUACCAACAAAUCACAUCAUCAUCACAACAAACACAUGAGUCAUUCAGAUUUCAGCUCUUUCAAUGAAAAACACUACAACAUGUCGCCCGUGUACUUCCCACGUACUUCCCAUGUACUUCCCAUGUACUUCCCACGUACUUCCCAUGUACUUCCCAUGUACUUCCCAUGUACUUCCCAUGUACUUCCCAUGUACUUCCUGCGUACUCGGGUUUUCAAAAUAAUAAUAAUUGAGCCUUAAAUGUUUCUUCAAGCUCAUUGUUUGUAAAUGUAAUGGGACCAAAGCUUCAUGUGUAAAUAGACUUUUAUUUUGAAAUGUUUUGGUCAUUUUUAUUUUAAAGUUUGUCUUUGCGUGACAUGAACUGACAUUAUAUCUGUUUUUAAAGUGUUUUAAAGGGAACGGUCUAUGCACAUGAACAUAUUACAAAGUGUACUGUGAAUGCAAAGGCUUCCAAACUAAUAACUGCAGAGAAAAUGUGUAACUUUUUUUGUGUUUUUAGAUUUUACAGAAUGUAUUUUGCACUGGUUGUAUUUGGCCUCAUAUUAAAAUCUCAUGUAUUCAAUAA